AUGAGUUUCAUAACUGCUGCUGAGGCUGAGACGACGACGCUACCACAACUCACUCCCUACUACUAUGAGGAUUCGUGUCCUCAAGGUGUCGACCUAAUACGUUCCCUUCUGAACGAAGUUGUAACUGAAGAGCCUAGGAUGGCUGCUUCGUUACUUCGGCUCCAUUUUCAUGACUGCUUUGUGAAUGGUUGUGAUGGUUCAGUUCUUCUAGAUGGACCAGGUUCCGAGAAGGAAGCACUCCCAAACAGAAACUCAGCUCGCGGGUUUGAAGUUAUAGAGAACAUCAAAGGGCAGGUGGAAACUCUGUGUCCGGGUAUAAUCUCAUGUGCGGACAUUCUCACUCUUUCUGCAACUGAAUCAGUAGCCCUGUUGGGUGGACCAACCUGGACGGUACUUCUCGGGAGGAGGGAUUCAACAUUCGCCAACUUCUCGGGAGCAGGGACCGACUUGCCAGCUCCUUUUUUCAGUUUGUAUCAACUCAUCUCCGCCUUCAAAGUCAAAGGUUUAACCUUGGCUGACAUGGUUGCUCUGUCAGGGGCACACACCAUCGGCUUUGCAAGGUGUACCAGUUUUCGGUCAAGGAUUUAUGGCGACAAAAACAUUAACAUGACUUUUGCUAAAUCACUCCAGUCUAUCUGCCCUAGACCUAUGGGAGAAGGAGACGACAACCUUACGUCCCUGGACGACAGGGUGUCUUCGGCACAGUUCGAUACAAGUUAUUACAGCAAACAAACCCAACAGAAGGGCCUCCUGCACUCUGACCAGGAGUUGCUGAAUGGUGGUCUUGCUGAUGAGGUCGUCCUUCAAUUUAGUAGCAAUUCCACUGCCUUCUUUGAGAGUUUUGUUGCUGCUAUGAUUAAGAUGGGUAAUCUCAAUCCCCUUACCGGUGAAAGAGGCAUUAUCCGCAAGAAAUGCAACAUUCCAGAGGCAGCUGCGACGGAGAAGUAA